GUUCUUCGUAGGUUACGUGAUCCGUAAUCCGCUUGCCUUGAUACUCCGACCGGCGAUCCUUCGUGCACCUCUGCACGGAAUUCAUGCAAAAAUCCACGAUCGAUACCUCUGUGCUCGUCUUCCUGCUAUCGACGAGGAAAAGGUUUUCUAAAAGGAGAUUGAUUGAUACAGACCUGCGCAGAAUUACGAGAAAUUCAUGAAGCGAUGCGUGCCCUCCUCUGCAACCCCCCUCCAUGCAGAAAUGUUUCCAGCCGUGAUACGAGCCGUGUAUGAGAUGAAAAGUCCCAAAGUUAUUUUCGUCAUUUUUCGUUUCCAGCAGAGCUCUCUGCAAGCCUUUCUUCUUGACGAACACGGUCCUCCAGAAGCAUGCAAUGCUAAUAGGCCUGAUGUUUAUGCAAGAAGUUGAACUUGGACACAUGAAUGGAAGGCAUAAUCCAUUCCAGAGUCGAGUUUCAAGAUUUCGAGAAACUCGUUAAUUUGAAGAGUGGACGCGCACGCAUGCGACGCUCGUAAAACGUUUACGCCACUUCUUUUCUCGUUUCGCGAGCGAUCGUACGGGUGCAUAAAUUGAAAUUCGCUCAGAAUUAUAACCGGAGACGAGCUGGUCGUCCUUGCUUUACGCAACUGUUGAUUUGAAGGGACGAGGAUAUAAAACAGUGGCGGUUAACAUGGUGUUAAGGUCGCGGAGACCUAAAUGUCAGAAGCGUUUCGAAGAAUUCGAGCAGCAGUCGAUUCAACUGUCCGAGAACAGCGAAGGCAGGGAAGAACGGAACGCGCGGGCGAUAUAAGCGAAAAUGAAGAUGUCCUAGAUGCAGGUUCACGCGGGGAAAAGGGACGAGGAGAACGCGUUCUCCUUUUGCGAUGUCUAGAUGCACCACGAAAUAUGUGGGCCCGCUGGUUGCACGGCUGAAAAACCGCAACGGGCUCCUCGCGGAUUCGGCAUAACGAUCCCAGCGAGAGAAACCUUCUUCUGGCGGUCAAUGAUGAAACCGUCAGCAGAUCGAGCCACGAGAUUGAGACGGUUUGUUGUUCUAAUUGACGUUCAAAUACUAUUUAUGCUUUGCAAAACUGAAUGGAUUGUAAACUAUACCGGACGUUGCAACAGCUGACGUUCGUCGGGUUAUUGUAGCUGUGAAAUGUAUCUAGCGAUCUGUUGAUAACGGACUUUAUGAAAACAAUCGUAGUGUUUUGACGACUAACUAUUACGAUACAAUCUAUCGGAUACGUACUUCACUGCAAUUUAAGUAAAUUUCUAUUCCAAAGUAACGACAACGAAUGGGAUAUGCUUGUUCUAAUUUUGGGACGUGCUUGUUCUAAUUUUUACAAAAUUGAUUUUUUAAUUUCGCUAUGUUAACCGUUUCAGCUGUGAUCCGGUGAUCGAAAUAGCAAAAUUGAUCAAUUUUGUUUACGUUAGAUCAGACAGAUAAAAUAGGACAAAGAAAUCAUCGCGAUAGAGUGGAAUUGGAAAAUAUUUCUUUGUACGUCUAUACCUUGAAUAAUUGUGUUAACAUUUUAGACACUACGAAUAACGAUACAUGAAUCUUGCAUCGGCAAGGAGAAAAUUGCAUCGGGGCAAAGAGGCAUUGGGAAAAUUGAUUUAUAUUAAAAUAUUACAAUAAUAAAUAAUCUUAGUGUGCUUCUAUAUUAUUAAAAAAAUUGAUUGUAGUUUCGACGAAUUUUGUGAAAUUUAAAGAGUCCCUAACUUUAGGAGUCGAACGUGUUCAUUGUUUGAGACUAAUAAACACGUUAGAUCAACAUUCCACUUGUUCUAGUAAGAAUUUUAAUACGUCUGAAGUACGUAAAUAACACGUAUUCCCAUUUGUUUUAGUCGAAAAAGCAACCAUGCUAUUACAAUGUUGACGACGAUGCUCGAUACGUGCUACGAUACCAUUAUAUUAACAUUAUGCUGUACUACACCGCGCGUCGCGCACGAGCAUCUUGUCCCCGUUUCAACCCAGCGUUUCAUGAAAAUCACCGGUUUCCUUUUUCAUACCCGGUGAUCAGUCGACUAUUUUGACAUUGACAUUUAACGAUUAAUGGCGUAAUCGCUGUCUUUUUAGAUUAAAUAAUACAGCAGGCUGCUAUUAGCGUCCUUCCCAAGUUGGAAGCGCGAAUAAAUUCAGAGGGGCUACGAACUCGCAACGUUUCCCUCGUAGUUACUUGAUACCGAGUAAAAGUUGUAAAAGAACAAUUAUCAAUUUCAGAAGACGGAGUUAGCUACGAACACUUAAUACGUAUGGUUGUCGUAAAUCUUUUAACUCUUGCAGCGUGGGUGCAUUUUAUUUAUUUUCGUAAAUGUUCUUUUACCGAAAACCUUUGAUUUCGCGUAAUACUUGUAAUCUUAAUGUAAAAUACAAAAAAAAUAGAAUAAGCACACCGCGUACGUAGCAUCUAGGAGAAUUGUUAUUCCAUUGUUUCAUUCUCACGAGAAAUAACGAAAUUUAAUCUCGGAAUCAGCUUCGUUAAGUCGAUCUCCAGCUCGAUCUGAUUUUAGGUGUCCGAUCUGUAAUAGGUCCGAUAAACGUCCACGUUCGGUUAGCGUUCCAGCGGCCGCUCGGAACGGAGGAUCGCAGUUUCACAUCGGAGCACCCAAGAGGAAGAGGCCAAGUGGAACGUAGAGUUCGCACGAGUGCGCGAAUUCAAUGGAAGGUUAUGAAUAUCCGAUCUUCUGUCGAAGUUGCGUGUCAUACUUAGCCACCUUAUUGCCGCGACGCCUUUGUCUGUUGCGCGUCCAGAUAGGCAUUCCCUCGGUCACGAUGAAAGUGAAAACUUCGUUCUAGUCGUAGAUGACCUACUGCUUGCCAAGAAUCUGGGUGCUCCGUCACACCGCGACGUUCUGUUCACACCAUGCCUCGGUCGCGAAAGUCAACCGCCAAUUUCGGUGCACUUUUCGACAAUCAGACUCCGAUCUAGCUGCGCCGAGCGGAUCCUGGAUUCAACGUACGUAGAGUUUCACUCUUUAAGGGUGUAUCCUGAAUUAGGAGGCCUAAAUAGAGCGGUUUUUCGUGAAUUUUUUUCGGAUGGAAAAAAAAGUAAUUCAUUCUAUCGAACUUUUUAUCCUAUUUUCAUACAUAUUUCAGUAGUCUGUGCAAAUUGUUUCAACAAGAAAUAUUCGAAUUGAUUCGACUGCGACGCACAUUUGUAGAUCACCUCACGAUUAAAACCUCCUAGCGGCGGGAAAGAUGCGGGUCGUAAUUUUGGUUCGACACACAAAAAAAAAAAAACCAAAAGAAAUUUUCAUUUUCAUACAUUUUUCUUCUAUUAUUCUUCUAUUAUUCUUCUAUUAUUCUUCUAUUAGGUUGUCCAGAAGGUUCGUGCGAAUUUUUAAAAAAACUUCAAAGACACGUUGUAACAUAUAUUUAUUGAAUUACAUAGGUACCAUUUUCUUCCACAAACUUUCCACCUUUUAAGGGAUGUACAUAUAAAUAUGUAUAUGCUAUUUGUUUUCAGCCAUUUCGACAUAGUCAGACCCGCGCUACCUAUCAAAAAUCGCCAUGGACUUUCCAGACAACCCGAUAUAAUUAACAGUCACAAUCAUCAUUUCUGGUCCAAAGGCAAUCAUCACUGGCUCAGACAAGGUAACAAGUAUUUGUUAUAGACAAUAUAUAUGUAUAUGUUAUUUGUUUUCAGCCAUUUCGACAUAUUCAGACCCGCACUACCUAUCAAAAAUCGCCAUGGACUUUCCAGACAACCCGAUAUAAUUAACAGUCACAAUCAUCAUUUCUGGUCCAAAGGCAAUCCUCACUGGCUCAGACAAGAUAAUAUUCAACAAAAACUUGCAGCGAAUGUUUGGUGUGGAGUAUUACACGGUCAUCUGUUUGAACCUUAUUUGUACGAACGCAAUUCAACAUCUGGAAUUUAUUUAAAUUUUCCUUGUACGCAAUUUCAAAUAUCGAUGCAAAGGCUUCCAGAUGAUAUUUAGGAGGAGGUAGGAAGGUGUACCUUUCCCAUUCAGUUCAGGGAGUGAUUCUCAGGCGUACGACGCCGAUGCAGCCUUGAUGACGACGGAAAAAUUAAGAUGGAAGAGAAAACUUUCUCAUGACGCGCGGACGUAAUGUUUGCAGGUCGGCGUCGAUGCAAUUAGUUCGCGCUCAGGCGGUUUUUACGAUCGACCGAUCUUGAAGUUUUUCGCUUUUAAGUAUUACUAAUAUACCGAAGCUAUAUUGCUAAAAAUACGUACGAUGAUACAAUCCAGAGUGAUACGAACGAUGCAACCACGUUGUUAUACUAAAUCGUUGCAUAAUAAUUGGCAAACACAGUUAAUACGGUAACGAAAUAGUGAAACGGCCCUAUUAUUUGAAGCAGCAGCGUAAGCAGAAUCGUUCCACACCCACGCCAUCUUCUCAGAAGAUCGUUUCGCGCGAUUUCCAUUGAAGACACCACGAACCCAUCGACGGACUUCUGUCUGAAUCCCGUUGAAGUAGGCGUUACCGCGAUUGCAAUUAUUCAAUAAUUCGUGCAGCAACAUUCCACAGUUUCGCAAUCGAAAACGCAUCCUACUCACGCUGGGAUGUCUUCCUCAGAUAGAGCGUCUAACUAGAUGUUUCGCAACUUGUCUCGCACCACUUCCCACGAACCGCGGCGAUCUCUUUGAUAUCUUUCUCUGUGUUCGUCAGACUUGAAAGUAGACAAAGGUGACCUCGAAUGUAGAGGUAAACGGUUCUUCGAGGAACUGCUGACCAGAGCCUCUCAGAGGUCGAAAAUUACCCGAACCGUUCGCCCUUUGAAGAAAGAAUGAUAUUAAACGAAAUUACAAGGACAAGGAUUUACGUUAAAUGUCGAACAAUUGAAGACGAAUAAAGAAAGAAUUUAUUCAAUUAUUUUUCUAUUAAAAUUAGCAGAGAAAAUGUUUACUUGAUCCUCUUAUUUAAUAGAAUUUAAUUAAUUCUUGGAAUUCAUUUGAAAUAUCACUAGUAAAUUGUACAAAUAACGAAUACAUCGCGAAAAAACCAAAUAACUACAACAGUUAACCGUCGAGAGAUAAAACGCCUUAAUGUCAUAAUUUAACGAAUAUAUUUGAUAAAAUUCUACCCCAUAUACUCUACGACUGCUCCGAAAAGCUUAAUAAUCGUGUGCGCUCUUAGCAAAAUAUUUGUUUUUUCAAAUUCUCUUGUGGCUAAUGAAACGUAAACGACACCAGGCUUCUCGAGGCAAGAGGAAAACAAGAGGAGGAAGCAACUUAACGCUUUCAGGCAGAAUCGAUCUUGAGAUUAAUUAAUUAACGUCGUAUUCCAGUAUCGAUUGAUUAGCCGAUACAAUUGAAGGAAUAAUCGACAGAAGUAAUCAAGAUUAAUGGUAUGACUGAUUAAUAAGAAUCAGUCAUGACGAUUAACGAUUGAAGUAAUCGCUAUGCGACUGACGAUUAACAAUUGACAAAUGAAUACUGCUAAUCGUUCCCAACGACUACGAUUAAAAUAAUCGUAAUUGUUCAGGACGAUCGAUGAACGAUUAACGAUUAAUAUAAUAGUAAGGAGCUUUAUCGAGAACGUAACCACUGAAACGUCAGUAAGAAGACAGUCGCUCCACGUUUAGGUAUAGUUGUUGGUAGAGAUAUUGUGAGGUCGUAACCCGAAACAGCAGUUAUUCCUUUGUUAGCACAGGUAAUUGAUUCCUAAGAUGACAGGUACGCCGCGGCUCUAAGGUAUACAUGUCCACGUUGCACCCCAAGACUAAAUAUGUUUCGUUACGAGUAUCUCGGAUUUUUCCAAACUGGAAAAACGAAAAACUUUUGACAAGAGCGUCGCUCUUGUCGAUAUAUUAUUGGCUUGCAAAAAACUGAAACGGCUGGGAACAGCGAGAACUGAACGGAUCGUGUAAAAGCACCAAGUUUUCCGAACUGAAACGAAACGAGAAUAGAGACUGAAACUGAACCGAGAACAGAUACGAUCGUUUAAAAGGACCUUUACGUGUUAUUAUUUCGACGCGCACACACGCUCUCGGUCGCAGGUGAACGCACUCAGGUGCCACGCGAUCAGCUGUUUUUAUGCGUCGUUUUUCGUCGUUUUUCUUCGACUCGGAUUCGCACGUUUUUCGCUUCCUGUAAUAAUUGCGCAUUUAUGUUGUGCUACGACUGCAGCGAAAUGCUUCACAGUUUCUCGCUUUUCUUUUCAGUCCUUUCCUCGUUUAACGAAGUUUUCUACAUUUACUUUCGAGUCGAAUCAUAGUCGAGUUCAAUCGAGUAUUUUCAAAUAAACGAAUAGAUCUAACGAUCCUAUAUCCUACAUUAUUUAUGUAUACUUGCGAGUAACUAGAAAAAAGAAACACACAAACAUACAAAGUAUAUGUAUAUGUACGCUAUAAUUUUCAGAUGAAACAGAUCCAUGGUACCGUAACGACUGACCUAUGAACCGGUUGAUGAAAAGUUGUUAAAUGAAAUUAAGAAAGAAUUUUCGUUAUUAUUUUUUCGUUGAGAAAUAGGCCUUUAAACACACCUUCAUUUUUGUGUGCAUUAUUCCAGAUUAAUGAUUUCAAACUUAGCUGCCAAAAUUAAAUAAUAGGACUAUUGGAUUAUAUAGGAUAAUUAGAUAUUCUUUAAUUUUGGUUCUCGCUACGACUAACUGUAAAUGUAUAUAAACGUAUAUGAAUUAAUAUUAUUUGGUAUUAAUUCUUUAUACCUCUGUACGUACUCCUGUAUAUACUUUUUCAAUCGAAACCUUCGACCUUGAUAUGAAAUCUUUUUUCUUUCAUCGCGUGACAUUAUUCGAAUCAAUCGGGGUAAAGCGGUGCGAUUUCAAAAACUGCCAGAAAAUCUGUAUACCGCUCGAUCUUUCGAACGCCAUCAUUGCGCGAAAACCCGUUAAAAAGUGAACGUUACACUACAGCGAACACCUCUUAUUGUUAGUAAGAUUCAGCACUCUUCUUCUCGGCUUUCAAAACCGUGCUGCCGUUGCGUUCAAGCGUAAACGCAGAAACUAGGCAUCUCCUCGGCCGUGAAAGGGUUGAAGUAAUAAUACAAGUACUCUGCCCUGACCUGGUCUUGCUCGGUCUUGCUGGAUGCACAUAACGCUGGGUGAGGAGGCGGAUUGCUCGCCAAGUAAUUCUGAGCGUGCGUACCCGCGCGUGCCUUUCUCCGCUUGCCUGCCGAUGCUAUGCGCCGAGGAUGCUGGUAGCUCCGAAGAUAUUAGGUCAUCCUACAAGCAAUACCGUUUUUUUUCUUUUUUUCUUUUUAAGGAUACGUCGUGAAGAAGAUUCGAAAAACUGUUCUACGUUAAUAAAUAUAAUAGGAGGUUGGACUACAGGCGUCUAACAGGUAUUGUUAGCGACAAUUCGCAGGGUCGUCCCUUUCUAAUCGAUGCGCUGAAAGUUGGAGACUUUGACGAAAUUGAAAUACGUUCAAAUCCAUCUCGAAUUAGACGGUACUCGUGAUUUUGCGAUCUGAGAGUUUGUUUAAAAUACACGGAAUGUCAAAUUCGACGAGUAUUAAAUAUUUGUUUAAGAGCAGCGUUUAAGGGCACCGUUUCCAAAUAGCCCGGUAUAUAAAGUGUUAAGAAGACGUAUUUUCUGCACGUUGUAUAUAAAUAACAAAAAUGUGUAUUCGAAGGAUUUAUUUCGUGGGCCUCCUUCGAUCGACACCUAGGCUAACGAUGAGCGUUGCCUAUAGAGCGACUCGCUAUUGCGCAUGAAUUAGGAGCAUUAUGGCUUUUCGCUGAUUCCAGCUGUGAUUUCGCUACAUAGGUGCUCGUUAUAGCAAAGUUCGACCGUGGUUUUGCUUUUUCAUAGAACCCGAGCUGCUCGAGCGACUGGUAACGUUGAACGAUCGCAAGAAAGGGGAUCGCCGAAAGGAGUCACGAGACUCGACGCAUCAAUGAAGCGUUCAAUCCCUCGCGAUCGUUCGAGAACACCGAUGAAAUAUCAAAUUCUUUCUGAUACGUACCACGAUAAUCGAUGGAAUGACUUCUUCAUGCUGCACCUUCGAGGCUAGGAGUCAGCUCGCGGGCUCGAAAGAUCAUUUGGAUCGUGUUGAUCCGGAUUAGCCUUCCCACGAUGCAACGAAAUGCGCGAAGCGAUUUGUCAUGUUUACAUUUAAUCGGACCUCGGCGCAAUGGAGGGAUUGCGACGGGAGAAAGGGGUGGUUCAAAUUUUUUCAGGACGUGAUCUCGACCCGCAGGUUUCUUUAGAGAGACAUAUACUACGGAAUUUUUUUACUUCGGAAUGGCCCAGAAAGACCAAUCUUUGUACGAACAAUAAAAUUGUUUUUCUAAAUACGUCCUAAUACGUAUUCUUUAAAAUUUUCGUUCUGUACGCGAACGUAAGCGUGUUCUGUUCGUCUCUACGAGUCAUCUAAAUUGGAAUCAUCAAAAAUUGCUCCGGACCCGUACACAUAACGCUUUCCAUUCCCGUCUAUCUCGUUGUACAUCUCGAUUGCUCGAUUCCUCGAUACGUGGAAAUUUCAUACGUGCUUAUUGCACGAUGCGCCCCUCGAACUGUUUCUUCUUUGCCUUAAUGAUUUCCGUAUUUGAUGAAAUGAUUCGAUUUACGUCAAAUCCACGGCACAGACGUGUUAUCGAAUCGUUAACGAGAGACCCUUAAUGACUGCUGGAUGCGAGUACGAGCUUCAUAUAAAACACUCCGAUGUAAUUACGUUCAAUGAUUGCGAAUUCCUGGCAAUUAUUAGAAGCAUUGCACUCUCCAUUGCAUAGCACUCUGAAUUAGAAAUUCUGCAAUUGUAGAAUUGUUGAAGCUGUACCGAGUCGACUGUAGAGUAUAUAUGUAUACUAAAUCUAAGAAAUUGUAAUGACGACGAUUAUAAUAACGACUAUACAACAAAUCCUCGAACAAAUGUGAACGAAUAAGGUGGAGUAAUUACAGUAACGAAGAGAAUAUAUUUACUACGACAUUUGCCACGUUGAUUAUACUAUACCUCCAAUUAUUCUGUAUUAAAUUAUAAUUUCCAACCUACGAAUUACAAAUGUGCGUAUUUAUAUUUUUAUCUAUUUAUGCGAUCAUAUAGUUGAUACAAAUUUCUUUCGAUAGUAUUUACUUCAAAUGUCGCUUCUCUUUUAUUCGAACUAUAAUAGAAAUUUAUUUUAUUCUGCAAAUGUUACGACACGAACUUUACUUCCGAUCUUUUUUUAUAUUCUUGUACAUUGUUCGCAUUUUGUAGGUUCUUGCAUAUUCAAAUUUCCUAUAAAUGCAUAAAGAUCCGCGAGUCUAGUCGUCGCACAGCUGAAACCAAGGAAGACAGAAACUAACAGGACGGUUCCUAAAUUCGCGAGGUACGCGAACGAACGCGCGAGCGACUGUACGUCCCAAACAUCCCUGACAUUUUCUUUUCCAACUCGAGAAAGAGGUUGUCCAGAAUUGAAUGGGUCGAAAAAAACAAAAGUGGCGCGGUACUCGCCUUCUCCGGGUCAGUCCAGGCAAGGUUCUAAGGCAAUGUGAGGCAAGGUGAAACGAAGCAAGGCAACGCGCAUCAUCGUCCCCCCUUUCUGUUUCAUGGGGGCCCCGGUCCCAACACGUUCAAGUAUCAUCUUAUUAGAGCCACGCUAUAUAAACCCAUCCUGCCAGCAUGCCCAGCAGUUACGUACUGACUUUAUUCACAGCUGUGUGCCGGAGUGCAACGAUAUUGUUAUACGACGAGAACACGUGCUUCAUCCGAACUGUAUCCGUGUAAUCCGACGUAGUGCUUUUAUAAAGAGUCGACUUCCCAUUCCCCACAGUGAACGUUCCGAAAAGCGGUGCGUGAGUUAAUUUCGACACGCCUGGGUCAACAUUGGUGCCCCAACAACAUGUUUUACCUCCAGAUAACAAUACUCUGCAUGGCAGUGGUGUACGUCAUUUGCGAUUUACCUCCAGGAACAAGACGUAACACGUACCUGCCUCCCGAGCCAACGAAGGGUUACAAUUACGAUACGCCACGGAUACCAUUCCCCAAGCCCUCGACCUCCAGACCACCCUUUUCAUCAACAACGCCUUAUCCAAGCCGAACAACGCGUCCUUAUCCUAAUCCAAAACCAACCCCGAAAUUCCCGCCGUCGAGGCCAACUCCUGGUGAGGGUUAUCCGCCGCCAGGCCCGAGACCCACUCCAGAGUUUCCAGACUAUGGAGUACCGACCGGACCUACUGGAAACACCAUUACUCCCGGUGGACAUGAUCACCACCAUCACGAGCCAGGCAUGCCGUUCGAUUUCAAUUACGCAGUGAAGGAGGAUGCGUUCGGCAACGACUACUCCCACAACGCAAUUAGCGACGGCGACAUCGUUCGCGGCGAGUACAGAGUCCAACUUCCGGACGGAAGGACGCAGAUCGUUCGUUACACCGCCGACUGGAAACACGGGUUCAGCGCGCAAGUCUCCUACGACGGAAAUCCCCGUUUCGACGUUCCUCGGCCGCCGGGCAGCUUCGCUGGCUAUUAAUUGUAACAUGGUGCCUAGGGGUUGCAAACUUGUACGAUAUUUAUCUCUUCGUGCCCUCGCCUAGAUGCAGCGAAUGUCUAUUAUUUUCUUUUCUUAUCUUUUUUUUUUUUUCCUUAACUCAUGACGGUUUGUUCGAUCGCGAACAUAAGUAAAUUACGAUGGAAACGAAAUUAAAAAUAAACGCAACGUAGAUCGUUUUUAUUAUUGGUUUACCAUCAUUCUAGAAAAUCGCACUGAACAUAAUCGCAAGCGAAAUACUUUUAUGAACUAAAGAAUAAUUCGCGAAAGGUGAACACGGUAGAUAUUUUAAUCAUAAGGCAAAUUGUCUGAAACUGUUAUGUGAAUCGAAAACUAUACGGUGUGCACGAAAGGGUUUAGUACACGUUUGUUUCGCGGUUUUUAUAGUUCUCACCGUGCAGGAUCGACGUCCCUUCGACUUCCAUUCGUUGGCAGUAAUCAGACAUGGGCAAAAUGAAAUUUCGAAUAACGGAUGACGAAUAAAAGCAACGUGUAAUGAUUUAUUCGCGGUACUGUAAUUUUAUUUACAAUUCAAAUUUUAAUUUUUGUUAAACGAAUAACCCACGAAAAAAUCGUUUAUCUUUCAUCCGUUAUUCGAAAUUUUCAUACAGAUAAGAAUUUUGUUCAGCUUCGUCUCUAAUUGCUCGAAUCGUCUAGAUAAUUAAAAUUUUUAUUUUACGUUUUAUGUCGCUUCGUUUACAGUUGGUAUCCACUGCUAGGAUUGCUAUCCGUGUCAAAUAUGAGAAAAGUACAUAACGAACUUCGAUCUUUAUUACGCGCUACUUUACUUCUCUUAUUUAUAUUUCUAUAUAUUUAAAAGUCAUGAUACAAUGAAUUAUGGUAAAAAUGUUGUUUUUUAUUUUUGAGAAAUAAUAGAAGUGAAAUAAUUGGUAAACACAAUCUCUUGUGAAUAAAUGAGUAAUAUUAAGUUACCUGAUAGCUAGUUGACAACAAAUUAUUGAUGUAGUGUAUAUACCGAACUCAGACCAAAAUUAUUAUUAUACCAUGUUUAGUAUAUAUAUGAAAUAUGUAUAAUACCAAAUGGACCAAUAUUAUUAAUGUAUCUAUAGAAGAUUAUGAUUACAUAUCAUUUGCCCUUUUAUUAUUCCUAAACAAUGAAAAACAUCAAUUCCUACCAUAAUUUUAUUGGAAAAGAAAAAACAUGUAUCAUUAUUUCCAAACUCGAAAAAAGCUGAGGACAGAAAAAGUUUAGAAAAAGAUUGUUUUUCCUAAAAAGGAACGGCUGGCAACCUUAGUUCAAACAGAUCCAGAAAUCGAUGUUACUCGUAACUGUAUGUACUUUCUUAAGGUGGAAAGCAAAACAGAUUUAUAGUUAGAAGGUUCCUAAAGACUACUGUACAUAUGCUACUUACAAUUGAAAAAAUUCCAAUGAAGCAUUUGUAAAAAUUAAAGAAAUUAAAAUGGUUUCUAUACUUUAAGAAUAAAGAUGACGGCAUUUAAAUGCUACUUACUUAUUCGUAACAAUUUUUUGAUAAUUGUGGAAAAUGCUUCAAUAAUUCCAAUUAAAUAAUUAAUCUUGGUAAAGAAAUAUAUUUAACGAAUUUGUUACAUAAUAGAUAUUGUCAGGUAAAUGCAUAUUACACGACAACAUAUGGUUGAAAAGUACAGUUUAACGGGUAGCACUCUUCUUCAGGAUCUGCAAUUGUAUUCGCGGAACCUAAACAAAAGAAAAUUGUAUUUGCAAUUGCAAGUGGUUAAAUAUUUGAUAAUUUUUAAUAUCCCUGCCGGUGCAAAUUUUAGAUUUAUGUAAUCAAAGAUAACACUUUAGUCCAGAGUAUAUUUUUUAUUCUUCGGUUAAAUGUGUCCAAUGGACAUGAACACGUAGGAGGUACAAAAUA